UACAUUAUUUUUUCGCGCGUACAUAGUUCGCAGCGCUGGACUUUAGACACUUGUGUAUAAUACCUAGUCACUAGAAUCAGAUGCGAGUGGCGACCCGGGGUGGAUGGGUCGUGGUAAUGGCAUUGGUGCAUUUAGCAGGCCGGUGUUUUCUGGAGUUCGUCGAUUUGCCUACCUCGGAUGAGGGCAGACGAAGUCCCGGGGCCGAGAGGGCUCGUCUCGGGGACUUUGGAUCGGGUUGGGACCGAGGUUACAAGGCUGUAAGGUUGAUAGUAUAUGGAACGCGUUUCGAGCUCGAGAGGGGGCUCACGACGCCAGGGCAUAGCAAGUCUACGAGGACGGAGCUACGAAGGCCUGAAGCUCAAAUCACAUAAUAGGAGGUUAGCAAUAUGAACAAUGCGCCGACACGCGAUUGCGCGACACAUUUUUCAACGUCUACUUC